AACUGAAUGUCAUUUUAUUUUAAUUAAUAAUAAUUUAAUUCUAAAAUUUCUUUUUUAUCAUCAAUAAAAUAAUUUACAGCCACUAAAAUUACGUCAAAUUACAUUUUUAAAAAAAUAUUAUCUCAAAUCAAGUAGUGUCUCAUAAAAUGGAAAGGGAGAACAAAAAUGAAUUUGUUAGGCCAGUUUGGUCCAUUUUUUUUUUUUUUUUCCAGAUCGAUGAAAAGUGGAAACUAUGGCGGCUCUCUUAUUCCGACGGUUCCGCAUUUGCGCAGCAGCAAAACAGUUUUUCCUAUUUGAAUAUUCAACAACAACUGCAUCUAAAACUGUCAGCGACAACACACAUUUCUUGGUAAACUACCUCGUCAACUCACUAGGUUUUUCUAAACAAGAUGCCAUUUCCACAAACGAUAAGUUAACACGUUUUAAAACUACUGGGGAUCCUCGUACAGUGUUAAAUUUCUUCGAACAAAGUGGUUUGGACAAAACCCAUAUAGGUAAAAUUGUUACUGCAGUUCCUAAGUUGCUUUUAUGUGAUGUUGACAAAACCCUAAAACCUAGGCUUGAAAUUCUUCGAGAUCUUGGGUUGUCUGGAUCUGAUUUAGUUAAGGUUGUUACUGGAAAUCUGUUUGUUUUAGGGAGUCCAGAAGUUUCUGAAAUGAAAUCUUGUGUUAGUUAUCUUAGAGAUGUUUUGGGUAGUGAUGAGUAUGUAGUGAAGGCUAUUAAGAAGAAAACAUGUUUGCUUUCUGGUAAAGCUUGUGAAAGAGUGAGAGUGAAUACGUUGUUUUUUCGGAGUAUUGGGUUUACUGAUAGGGAUAUUAGGAAAUUUAUACUUCAAAAUCCGUAUACGCUUUUGGCAAAUCCUAAGAGUGUAGAGGAAAAAGUGCAGAAACUUGAAGAUGAGUUUAGUAUUUCACCAGCCUCGGGGUUGUUUAUACAUGGAGUUGAUGUUUUUAUUUCGAUGAGAGAGUCGACGAUAGAUACGAAACUUGGGGUUUUAAGGGAUUUUGGUUGGUCGGAAUUGGAGAUAAUUAAGUUGGUUCGGCUAUUGCCGUAUUGUUUGAGGUUAUCACAGAAGAGAUUGCGAGCUGCGUUGAACUUCUAUAUGGGGCAACUUGGUUUGAAGCCUGCCUACUUGGCUUCUCAUCCGACACUGCUUAUGUUCAGUAUGAAAAAGAGGGUUUUGCCACGGUUGGAGCUCAUGAGAAGUUUGAUUGAGAAGAAACUACUGAACGAAGAUUACAGUAUGUAUACUGUUCUGUUGCCAUCAGACCAGAAGUUUUAUCAAGUUUAUGUGCUUCCCCACAAGGAUAAGAUGCCUGACGUGUGUGAACCAUACAACAAAAUUCAGCAGCAUGGAAAAGAUAAAAAGUAAAACGCUGCUUGCCAGAGUAUUUUGGCUCAAUAGCGACUUCCAAUGUUGUGCUGGAUGAGGCAUGGGAAAAUAGCAAGGUGGCUGUGGUCUGGAUCAAAAUGGAGGAAUCAACAAUUGUGUCAUUUGAUUGAGAAGGGUGGCUAUGACAAAACAGCUUUGCGGGUGACUCACUGGCUAUUCACUGCUGCUUGUUGAAAGCAUUUGAUAUGCAAUUAAAAGUCGUCUCAAGCACGCAUUCAUACAGAUUGCAGGUUGCAAACACUCAGCAUUCUGUCAAACAAACUGAAGCAGAGGCAGUGCUGCAUGAUUUUGUUCGUUACUAAAUAAAGCUUUUGUUAGUUUUAACUCUCUAAGCUGGCCAAUUAGCAAUGACUGGCAAUUUUUUUUCUGAAUCUUGAGCUACAUUUAGUCUUAUUGCUAAGUACACGCUUUUGAUAAUUCUCAUCAUUUCAGUUAGGUAGCAGAGGCCAGGACAAGAGGCACUUGUUCAAUAGGUCUUGUAGUAUUUGAAGCAAUCCGUGAUCAACUUAACCUACUAAGGUGAUAUUCAAAUUUCCACCACCUCCUUGAAGGAGAGAUGUUUUGCUCC